AUGACGACCGAUCGCCCAGGCUUGUUCAAGACGGCCAGCGAGAGCGCGUUGAGGAAUUCUUCGACGACGACGGCUGAGGAGGAGCAGACUAGCGACAGCACCAAUGGGGACCAGAAUUUGAACAAAGAGGUGGCAGCGCUGAGCAACAAGUUGAUUAGUGCGAUCAAUCACCAAACGCAACUGGACGACUCGCUGGCGACAACGAAACAUGAACUGGAGUUGUCAAAAGCGAAGAUAAGGCAGUCGGAAGCCGAAGCUGCGCAACUCAUGAAUCGGUUAAAGGAGGAGCGGACACAGCGCGGCAAGGCAGAAAAGGACAAGCGCAACAUCGAACAGGAAUUGGAGACUUUAACGACUGCUUUGUUUGAUGAGGCUAAUAAGAUGGUCUCGGCAGCACGAAAGGAACGGGAUGCAAUGGAUAAGAAGAACGAGCAGCUCCGUGCUCAAUUGGCCGAUACAGAGAUGUUACUGGCCUCGCAUCAGGAGCAGCUCGCAGAGCUAAAGUUGGUAAUGCAACAAAUGACUGCGGACCGGGAAGAGUCGGAAAUGGACAUGUCCACGGGAACGCCUUCGACGCCUGCAUUGAACAAUCGUGCAAGCAAAGAAUCCUUCGCCCGCAUGUUCGAAUCUCUGCACUUGUCACCCAAUAAUAUGACACCUGAAGAGAUGACCCCGUGUCCUCCCACAUCGCUCUCUGGCCUACUCCAUCCAGUUUUACGUUACGAUACUGGAGCAUAUCAAGACUUCUGCGAAGUUAUGCACGCUCCGAAGGUGGUCCCCAAGACAUCACCAAUGCCUCGACUUUCCAGCGGGUUGACCGGUGGUUUAUUCGGCUCAAAGAACAAAGACAAAGACGCCGACAGCCGCCCAUCGAGUCCUUCGAGUAAUGCUCCCACAAACAGCAACGGCGCUCAGGGACAGCAACAGACUGGGCUCGGUUUGAAGGAAACAAAGUUCUAUAAGCGGGUACUUGUGGAAGACAUCGAACCGACACUGAGACUCGACAAUGCCCCCGGCCUAUCAUGGCUCGCAAGACGAAACGUAUUGAGUGCGAUCACAGAUGGAAAUCUUGUGAUUGAUCCAAUUCCAUCAACAAGUAUUCUAAACACAUUUUCGUGCACCCUAUGCGGGGAGGUACGAGCAGGUGAGGAGCAUGCCCGAACUCACAGAAUGCGAACGUCAGAAGCACCGAACGCACAGCGAUACCCACUUUGUGGAUAUUGCGUUGUCCGGACCCGCGCUGUAUGCGAUUUUCUGGCCUUCCUGAGAACUCUCAAGGAGGGUCUGUGGAAAUGCGACAGCGAAGGAGAUGAGAAGCACGCCUGGGAUGAAUCUGUCAAACUACGGGAACGUAUGUUUUGGAGCCGUAUCGGCGGUGGUGUAAUUCCGGCAUUCAUUCACAACCGGGACUCGGCCAGAAACUCCGAAGAGCAGGAGCGCUCACGGAGAGGCGAGUCACCAAUGUCAGAUGCUCAGGAUAGCCAAGUCAAACUUGACGUUCCAAAGAAACGGAGCAGUAGAGACGCUUCGCAUUUUGCAAAGCAUGAUAGAAUGCCGAGUGUGACCGAAGAUAAGGUCAUGCUAUCAGUUCCAUACGAAGGUGCUCCCUCGCGGACUAGCCAGGACUCCGAUAGAACGGAGGCUUCCUGUGCCUCUGUUAUCGUUACGCCACAAGUGCGACGCUACGAGAGUUCUGAGGCCGAUGAUACUAGCAGCAUCCAGUCCUCAGACAGGUUCAGUGACUCAGCAGAUGACAUUGAUGAGGAUCGGGACACGAGGAGAGAUACUAUCACAGCCGCGAUCAAUAGUCCUCUUCCUCAAGACGACGAGACAUUUGAGACCCCGUUGCCAACACCACGAUUUGACCAGGAAAAACAUGCAGUUCCCGGUGCUUGGUAG